AAUACAAAAGGAAUAAUAAAAGAGAAGAGCCAAGGAGAGUUCCUUGAAGCCAACGCAUCUAACGCUCGGAGUUUAGGUUCGGAAUUAGGUUCGAUUUUAAAAACCAAAACAUCUUAGGCUCAGAUGCUAGGUUCGGUUAGUCGGCAUAGGGAGGACUCUUUCUCUUUCUCCUCUACUUCUCUCUAAAACCCACUCUGCAAGAAACCCAUCUCGCUCUCGCUUUCUUAAACCCUUUCUCGCAUUCUCUCUCUAGAACCCCUUUUACUCAGAAAAGUCUACUCUUUUACCGCAUUCCGACAAUGGCCAUUGAAGACCACGAGAACCCAAAUCGAGUAAUCAAUCCUAAGAAAAGAACAAUCAUGGGAGGUGGUGGAGAGGAGGAAGAAGAGAAGUGGUGGCCUUCAUGGCUGAAACCUUUACUUAAAGAACCCUUUUUUGUUCAAUGCAACUUCCAUGGACACUCUCCGAAAAGCGAAUGCAACAUGUAUUGUUUGGACUGCACUAACGGCUCGCUCUGCUCUCUCUGUCUUGCCCAUCACAAGGAUCAUCGUACCAUUCAGAUAAGGAGAUCAUCUUAUCAUGAUGUGAUAAGGGUAAGUGAGAUUCAGAAGCAUUUAGAUAUCUUCAGCAUUCAGAUGUAUGUGAUCAACAGCGCAAAGGUUGUGUUUUUGAAUGAGAGGCCUCAGCCUCAGCCUCAGCCUCAGCCUCAGCCUAGACCUGCUAAAGGAGUUACCAACGCCUGCACUGUCUGUUAUCGUGCCCUUGUCGAUGAUUGCUUCCGCUUCUGCUCUCUUGGCUGCAAGGUAGCAGGAACUUCUAGAAGCUUUGAGAAGAGAGUGAAGAAUACAGCAAUGGAAUCAGAGAAUUCAAGCAACAGCUCAGGAGUAGAGGAUCUCAUCCCAAAUCCACAGAGUUUGACCCCAUCAACACCUCAACUUCCUAGUUCUACUUCUUUGAGAAAAAGACCAAGGAAGGGAAUCCCUUACCAAUCUCCACUGCAAUGAGGUUUGGUCGCAAAGAAGAAGAAGGUUGUGUUAGACUUCAAGGUUUCUUGUUACAUACAGAUAUCCUCAAAAAGAAGGGGUAUAAAGCUACACAACAUAAAAGGUUACCAAAGAAGGGCCUUAGUUUUGUGUGCUAUGAAGUAGUCAAAUAACUAGUAAGUGUAUAUAUAUGGCCAUCUUUUUUGUAUAUUCUUAUGCCAUUGAGGCAUGGGGCGGUUUUAGGGAGUUAAAGUGGGAAUAAGACAUGAUAUUGAGGGCUAUUUAGUAGUUGUUUUUUUUUGACA